CGAAGAUCAUGCACCGCGCCAUUCCACGUUCUCGUACUCUCCUCCGGAGUCGGUGCGCAGAACGUGGAUCUUGCAGUCGAACUCCUUCUCGAAGUAGACGAGGAAGUGCUCGAAGAGCUUCGCCGCCGCGUCCUUGGUGCGCGCCAGGAACACGCGGCAGUAGUUGGACUUGAAGUCCACAAAGUUGAUCAUGUAUCUGUUGCCCAGGCGGUCCUUGGGGCGCCGGUGUCCUUCUUGGACCGCCGGUUCUUUGUCUGCUUGCCCUCGGCGCACGUCAGGCAGUUCACACGCUUAUGGUCCGUUAGGUGGAUCCCGGAGCUCGUCUCCUUAGCCAGUCGCUCCACCGAGUCAUAG